AUGGCUGAAGAAGAACACACCUUUGAGACCGCCGAUGCCGGAUCCUCUUUGACCUUCCCUAUGCAAUGUUCCGCUCUUAGAAAGAACGGACACGUUGUCAUUAAAGGUAGACCAUGUAAGAUCGUUGAUAUGUCUACCUCUAAGACUGGUAAGCACGGUCACGCUAAGGUCCACUUGGUCGCCAUCGACAUCUUCACUGGUAAGAAGUUGGAAGAUCUUUCUCCAUCCACCCACAACAUGGAGGUUCCUAACGUUAGAAGAUCUGAAUACCAACUGUUGGACAUUGAUGAUGGGUACUUGAACUUGAUGAACAACGAUGGUGAGACCAAGGAUGACGUCAAGGCUCCAGAGGGAGAGGUUGGUGAGAAAUUGCAAAGUGAGUUCGAUGAGGGCAAAGACUUGCUGGUCACCAUUAUUUCUUCCAUGGGUGAGGAAGCUGCUAUCUCUUUCAAGGAGGCUCCUAAAUAA